AUGGGGUUCUUCCAUGAUAUCGGUGCCUUGUUGGCAGGUACGGCGGCAGCCUUGGAUCAUUUCGGUCAACAUCAACUCGGUCCUGCCAUGGGCGAAGCUGCAAAAGCUCUCGACUCGUUCGGAGAAGAUGUCCUCGGCCCCGCGAUGAGCGAAGCAGGCAAGGCUCUCGACACCUUCGGAAAGGAGAAGUUGGGUCCUGCUGUGGGAGAGGUUGGCAAGGCAUUGGACACGUUUGGCAAGGAAAAGCUGGGGCCCGCCAUGGCCGUCACAGGACAAGCUUUGGAUACGUUUGGCAAGGAGAAGUUGGGACCUGCUAUGGAUCAGACUGGCAAGGCUCUUGAUGUUUUCGGCAAGGAGAAGCUUGGUCCCGCGAUGGAGCUUACUGGUGACUUGAUCAAGAAGAACCCAGGUGCCGCAGCUGCUAUUGCUGCUAGUGGCUUGACCUUUGUCGCGCCAUUUCUUGUCACUGGUCCACUUCUUUGGGUGUUUGGAUGGGGUGGUACUGGUAUUAGGGCAGGUUCGGCGGCCGCAGCUAUUCAGGCUUCGGCUGGUAAUGUCGUCGCUGGAACCACGUUUGCUACACUACAGAGUGCUGCUAUGGGAGGAUACGGUGCUGCGGCUGUUAAUGGCGUGGUGAUGAUCUGCUCAGCAGUCACCGGUACCAUCAGUGGUAUCACUGGCUUCGGAAACCGUACGGAGACGAAGACCGAGGUCAAGGACCCCUUCGGCUCUGACUCUGAUACCGACACGGACACCGAAGAAUAUGGAGCUACUAGCGAGUGA